ACAGGCGUCACUCGAUCGUUUUACAUUUACUACUAAUAGUAGUCAAAACAAUAUAAAUAUACAUCUUAAAAGUUAAAUGCUAACUAGAAAAUGGGUACUCGAUCAUCAGCCAAAAUUAAACUACGUAGUCUUGCGUUCAAAUGCAAUAUUUGUGGUCGCAGAUUAAUGAGUGCGGAAGCCCUCAAAACUCAUCAAUUGUGCAUUCACAAUAUAACAAAUAGAAUAAGAACAAAAGUAACACCUAAACAGGGCAUUACUAAACCUAAAACUCAGCCAACAACACAGAAAAUGAAGAAUUUAAAACUUGAAAAGUCAAAAAAUGCACCAACUAAGAUUGUAGUGAACACUAAACCAGAGGAUAAAAUUGAAGAGAAAGUACCAAAACGUGGAACUAAAAGUAUUGAAACUACAAACGAAUAUGAAUGUCCGAAAUGUUUUAAGAAUUAUCCUGAUUAUUUCCUAGCUCAUAGACAUAUACAAAAGUAUCAUUGUGUUAACAAUAAUAAUGAAAAAGUGUCUGCUAAUUCACCGGACCUAAUAAAGCCUAACAUAAUGUUGGUUUGUAGUAGAUGUAACCGAAGACCGAAGUCACUAGACACACAUAAAUGUACAUCAUUUAAAUAUGAUCAGAUUGAAAACGCUGCUUCGUAUUUAUGUAUGGCUUGUAAUGAAGAAUUCCAAAGUUUGAGGUUAUUCGACCUUCAUGUGUCGGGAUUACACUGUGAUGGAGUUGAGAGUAUGUUCUUUCCAACAAAUGAAGUAUUCCAAACAUGGAAAGAAGAUGUAGUUAAACAGACAGGAAUAAAUUAUUACGUACUUGGUAAUUACAGUUACAAACAAAUGUUCCGAUGUCCGUGUAUCCCAGAUGAUAAUGUUAAUAGUGAUAUAAUACCUUAUUUAUGUCCAUCAAGUAUUGUAGUACAGGAGCUAUCGAAAGGAAUUCAAGUUCAUUAUUAUAUGAAACAUUACAGUCAUGCUUGUGGUAUAUACGUUUUACCCGAUGAAUUUAAAAAAUAUAUGUUUUCAACGCUCCUACAGAACGAAGAGGCAUAUACAGAAAUUGAUAUUAAAGCAAAUGGAACGGAGAUAUAUCAACAAUUUAAACAAUUGAUGGAUUGUAUUGUGCAGGAUGCUGCGAAUGUUAAAAUAGAUUCGCUGAAAAUAUUACUAACUAAAGCUUUAGAUAUGACAACGGUGUUGAGUAAUGAAGUUGAAACGGACAGUGCAUUUAUGUCAAUGAAAUUGAUAAUAGACAAUAAUAUUAUUGGAUUAUUAAAUUCAAAUCAACAUGUUAAAAGGAAGAAUGUGUUGAAUGAAAAAAAAAAUGAACCUAUAACGAAAAGAUUUAAAACGAGGACAUAUCAAAAUAAAGACUGUAAAGAAAGUUUGGAUGAUGCGUCUAUAAAGAUUGUUAAUUCAUUCUCUUUAGCCGAACAUGAAAUUGUAAAUGCAAUCAAUGAAGAUAAUGAAACUAUAGGUGCACCGGAAAAUAAUACAACGGAUUCACAAUCCAGUUCAGAUAAAGAGAAAGAUGAUAUUAAAGUUAAUAAGAAAUUGGACCAAUCAUCGUCUUCCUUCGCUGAUUCUUAUAAGGUGUUUGUCAAACAAUUAUCAGAACCAGGUCCGCCUUUACGUAAGAGAAAAUUUAGUACGACUAAAAAUAAAUGUGAAAGUCUUACUAAAGAAGCAAAUGUUGAAGAAGAAAUUAAUGUAACAUCUGAUAUGAAACAAAAAGAUGUCCCAAUAAUACCAAAAGAUUAUAAAUAUGAAAUAAAAGAACAAGAAAAUGACUGUAAUAUACUGAUACUUAAAAUAUAAAAAAAAACGGUAAUAAAAUAUAUAUAGGUAUGCAAACUUUAUGGUGGUUCACAAUAUUGCGUCGCGCAACACAAUUUUACUAUGGAUUUCUGUAGACACUAAAUUAACACAUAGAUUUUGUCUUUGAAAAAAAAA